AUGGGCAAUACCGUGAGUGUCCCGGAGGAAGCAGAAGAUGACCAUAUGUGCACCGUAAAGAGCUAUCAGGCUCUAUCUGAAUCUCCUGACAGUAUUAAGAAUGGAUCUGUUGCAUUUGUUCAGACUCACUCUGCUGCAAUGAACGGUGAAGUGGAUGCAAAGGCAAGUGUUGCACGGGAUAAUGUGGCCGUUUCUUCCCCGAAGACAAUGGAGCAGAGCCCCGUCCCCGAGGCGGGCGGGCAGAGCCCCGGGAGCGCUGCCAGGAGAGCCCGGCCAUCUGCUAAAUCCCGCUCUGUCUUCGCGUUUUCAUGGGCUGUACCAGGGCGUACUGAAGACCCAGCUACAGAUUCAUCAGUUGGAUGGGCGAAACUUGAUGUCAGCUCAGAGGCGCCUGGAGCGAACAAAGCACCGAGUGACAGCGUGGAGGUUCCUGCGGCAGCUGCGCGGGAGGAAGGCGCACAUAAAAACCUGACCGGGGCCCCGCCGGCAGCGUCGCUUCACGACAUCGAUCUCACAACAUCGGUGACACCUGAGGGAGAGGAUGCGGCUGCCUCAGAGCCAAAACAAGUAACCUUCUUUGACAGGAUCUUCAAACUGGAGAAGGGAAAGGAAAGGAGUAAAAGGCAAAUUGAUGCCCAGGAGGAAAGGCAGGCUGCAGACCUUCCCGACGGGCGCAUCACGGCGAAGGAGGCUGCUGGAUUACAGAGCGCGUCAGACGGCGUCCCGCAGGGGAAGGAGAUAGAUGACUGCAACCGAAAAGACCUACGGCAGGACUCGGCAGGUGUCCACGGUCUCGCUGCUGAGCAACCUGACAAGGCAGAGGUAAAACAGGACAACCCCCAACCAGUUGCUGCAGUAGACAACUCCGUCAUGAGUUUCCUUAAAACGCUGGUCUCCCCAAGUAAAGCUGAAGCCAAAAGCGAUUCUGAAGACAAG